GGCAUCUCCGCAUCUCAUCCAAUAUUCUUAUGUCGACAUUUCUUUCUCCCCUUUCCAAUCAACCGCACAUUUGUCAAUUGUCAUCAUCCACCAACACACACAACACACACACACCUCUUCUUCAUUAUUUUUUACCCUAACUAAUAAUUGUUAUAUUUCCCUUCUCUUUUCACAUCUCAAUUUUGUGUCACUCUUCAAAUUCAUAUUAAUCGAUUUUGUGGAGUUGAGAGAGGAUGGGUGGUGACAAUUCAAAAGGUAAAGAUUCAUUGGAGAACGAACGAGAAGCAUUAUCUGGUAAAGAAGGGAAAGGGACAAGGUUAUGGAAGAAGGUCAAGUACCAACUUGUUGAGUACCAUUCCUUACCCGCUUUUCUACGAGACAAUGAAUAUAUUAUUGGUCACUAUAGAUCCGAAUGGCCUUUGAAGCAGGUUUUGCUUAGUAUCUUCACCAUUCACAAUGAAACUCUCAACGUUUGGACGCAUUUGAUUGGGUUCUUCCUAUUCCUGGCAUUGACCAUAUACACUGCCAUGAAAGUUCCGCAAGUUGUAGAUCUUAAUUCACUACAGCAUUUGCCUGACAUCCUCAAGAAGGCUGACCUGCACAAACUACAAUCAGAACUUUUGACAUGCCUACCUUCCAUGCCCGAUCUGCAAAGACUCAGAGAGGAAAUCUCAAGCUGGCAUGUUAAAGAACUUCUGUAUAAUUGUUUGCCUGUAAGCUUUUCCAGUAGCAAUCAUACUGAUGUUUGUGUUCUGCAUAGCGUAAAAGAUGACCUGGCAAACAUAAUAGCACCGCUGUUGAUUAGACCAAUUACAAGGUGGCCUUUUUAUGCAUUUCUGGGGGGUGCCAUGUUUUGCUUGCUAGCUAGCAGUACUUGCCAUCUCCUCUCCUGCCACUCUGAGCGUGUAUCGUACAUUAUGCUCAGGCUUGACUAUGCCGGAAUUGCGGCCCUGAUAUCUACCUCCUUUUAUCCUCCAGUGUAUUACUCAUUUAUGUGUUAUCCAUUUUUCUGCAACCUUUAUAUGGGCUUUAUUACUGUAUUGGGCGUUGCCACCAUCUUGGUUUCUCUCCUCCCAGUCUUCCAAACACCAGAAUUCCGCACCAUCCGAGCUUCCCUCUUUUUGGGAAUGGGUUUGUCUGGUGCAGGACCUAUUCUGCACAAGCUUUUUCUGUUCUGGGGCGAACCUGAGGUGUUUUACACAACUGGUUAUGAGGUUCUGAUGGGUGCUUUCUAUGGACUCGGGGCACUGGUUUAUGCCACAAGGAUUCCAGAACGAUGGAUGCCUGGGAAAUUCGACAUAGCUGGACACAGUCACCAAUUGUUUCAUGUAUUGGUUGUAGCAGGGGCGUACACUCAUUAUCGUGCUGGGUUGGUUUAUCUCAGGUGGCGCGACCUUCGAGGUUGUUGAUUUAAGGAGCUAAGCUGAUUUGGUAGUUGAAUAUUCUAUGUUGUUAUUGUAUGAGUAGUAUGUGCAAAUUCACUCUCUAACUGAUGCAAUUUGUGAUUAUCGUAGGGGAGGGGAUGUUUAUGUAACCCUUAGGUAUUAUGUAGUACAUACACACUUAGAAUCCUCAAUUUCCAUGCCUAAGUGAGCAAUAAAAUUCCAUUUGAUCUAUUGUGACAUCAACAUUAUGGAAUCCAUUAUGCAACCCUUGAAAGUUACUCUUAAGAUGUACUAGAUAUAGAUAAAUAUUUCAGUAGUGUGCAUAUUUUUAUAAUUUAAA